CUUAACUGAAUGGAACAAGAGGACACAUAUUUUCAAGGAGACGUCUAUUCUUAAAGUAGAAGUUUCCCUUCAAGAUGACAAGUAGUUCAAACUCCCCAGGAUCUCACUUGUCCUCAAAAACAAGAAGUAGUAAGACAGAUGACAACUAUUUGAAGGAAUUGAAUGAGGACUUAAUGCUAUGGAAGCAGGAACUGCUAGAGAUGCUAAAACCUCUUGAAGAUAAGAACCAUCUCUUAUUCCAGAAGCUAAUGUCUAACUUGGAGGAAAAACAAAGAAGUCUGCAGAUCAUGAGGCAGAUCAUGGCAGGAAAGGGGAAUGAUGAAUCCUCAGUGAUGGAGGUCAUUAAAGAAGCAGAGGAGAUGAAGCAGAAUAUGGAAAGGAAAAACAAGAUGCUUCAGAAGGAAAUGGAGAUGCUAUGGAACAAGACUUUUAACACAGAAGAACCAAGUGAUCAACCAAAAGCAUCUCAGAUAAAAAACAAGGCAGACUUGUAGGAUGGAAAGGCUCCCACCAUCCCCUCAUCACCUAGGAGGACCAAGGAUGAACAGGAGACAUCAUGUGCAAAGAAAGUCAAGGAGAUAAGGAAGGACAAACAACGGAAGAAAAUGGAAUGGGUCGGUUAUCAGGAACAAGCCAAUAUCCUUCAGAAUGACUUUAAUAGAAAAGUAAGUGAGCUGAGAACUGAAGCCUUGAAGAACUACCAGAAGGCCAAUGACCUGAAAUUAUCACUAUACUUAUAGCAGAAUUUUGAGCCAAAGCAAGCAUUUUUUAAUCUUCCUGGGAGCCAAGGUAGGGGAGGUUGUACAACUAUGGGCAGAGCAACUACCUGCAGAAAUGAAUCUAAUGUGAAAAUUCUGGAAUCAAAGACCUAUACAGAACAAGGCACUAAAGGAAAUCAGUCUGAUGAUGAAGGAGGGAGGCCUUUUUUCCUGAGGUCAUUGCCAGAUGAAGCUCUGAAGGACUGGGCAGCUUUCACUCCAUUUGCUUUGGACACAUUAGACUAGGCA